AUGCACUUACACUCAGAUUUAUUAAAUUAUCACAGAAUCGAAGAAAAAGACGAAUUAUACGGUUCGAAUGGUAAAAAUUUAGUUUUAGAAUAUUUCCUACCGAUUAAUUUACCCAAUUACAUAGAAUUAGAAAGGAAAAGAGAAAAAAGAGACGUGGAAGGAAGCGGAGACGACGAAGGCGGUGUUGUUUUUUACGAUACGUCCGCCGGCGGCAAUGGCGGUGUCGGCGGCGGUGAUUUCGAAAUAAAAAACAAUGAGUGGAACAAUACGAUUGAUUCGAUUAGUAGUGAAGUCGUUAACAAAACCGCAAAUAAUAACGUAACGGAUUUCGAAGGAAGUGGAGAAAUCGGUGAUGUAAGAGAUAAUAAUGAUAAUAUUGAAACUUCGAAUAUUCCCCUUAUAAACGAUUCUGAAAUAAUAAUAACGACGACAGAAGAAGAAGAAGAAGGUAAACACGAUUUGGAAACUUCGACCAUCGUCGAUGAUGGUUUUGUAAAAUCAAACGAAUCUAUGAAUAAAACGGAAGAAGAAAUUACGGAGGAAACGAAAGAGGUUGAUGUCACCACGACGACAGAAACGUCAUCGACGUUACCGUCGAAGGUGGACGAAGAAGACGAAGUAAAAACAGAAAAGGAAAAUGAAACGUCGACGGUGUUACCGUUAGAAUUUGGAGAAAAAACCGAAAGCGAAACAUACACACCGGAACCGGAUAAAGAAACGACGACGACGAUGUCGACGAUUACGGAAAUUUACGUGAGUCGUGAUCAUCAUUCUCAAGUUUUUGCAAUUCCAGACAUUCCUCAAACAGAAAACGACACAACGGAAUCAACUACAAGCGAAGGCACGACAGAAAAAACUCUAGAAGUAACAGUUUUACCACAUGCGGAAACAACUUUCGCGGUAAAAGAAGAACCCGUACCAAUCACGACGACGACGACGACGAUGAAAACGGAAACGGAAACGGAAAUACCGACGGCAACGGAAAUCCCAUACAUCGAAACGAAAUUUGCACAUAAUACGAUCGAAGCGACACCUGGUAACGUUUUACAUAAGAAAAAUUUAACACCCGGAGUCGAUCCAUUACUCGUGAUAACAAACACGGGAGCCAUAGAAUCCGACGAUGGAAAUUCGGAAAAUUCUCAAGAUUCUAGAAAAUUGGGAGCGUACAUCGUAAUAGGUUUAAUACUAUUGAGUUUUUCCACGCUCGUCGGUUACAUAACGUUUAAAAAAUUAAAAAAUCGUAAAAGGAAAAGUUUUGAAAAUCACAAGGAAACUAACGAUACGGAAAAAGCUUUGCUCAGUUUAAACGAUUACAAGGAUAAUUCAGAAUUGGAAGAAAAUCAUUUGAAAAACAACGAAAUCACUCCGAUCGUCGUCAAAUCACAAAAUCAAAGGAACAAAUUUGAAAAAAAUACAAAUUUUUCAUCACCGAAAAAUUUAAACAUGAUAACAAACGAGAAAAACGUUGAAAAAGAUAACGUAUUGAAAAGCACGACGGAUAAUUUAACACAAGUCAUUAUUGAAGACACGUUAAAAGACGUGGAUAAUAACGAAGAGAAUAAAAAUUCAUUUUUUGACCCGGAAAAAGUCAUUGUCAAAACGAGAAUCGUCGAAGAUUCAAUACCUAAAAAACCCAUUUUAAUUAAUAGGAGUUCAUCCGGUUACAUACCGAUUCCUCAAGAUAACGUGUAA